ACGCUCACCCUAUGCAUAGUAUACGCAAUUAAAAGUAUAAUUUUUACGGUUUGUAAAUAAGCAAAUGCAAAUGACAGGGUAACUAGAUAAAUGUGUUAAUUUGUGCAUGUUUUUCUUUACAAUGUAUUGAUCUUUUAUUGCAUAAGUUUAUAUGUGCUGUUCACGACACUAUCGAGCGCAAAGUGAGAGGCGGUGCUUUGCAUCCACAAUCAGAGGCUCAACCCAAACCCAUCUCAGUAGUAUGAUCCAUGUGGGAAUGCACAGACCAGUUAUGGGCACACUGGUUUUAUUCGGGGGAAUAUCGAGAAAACCUAACACCACCGUAAUGUCUUCUGGGAAAAAGGUUUUCUUGGAGUUGAUUUGUGAUGUAUAAGGUAGGUUUGGAGCGUUGAUAUUAGGAUUUAGCCUACCUUAAUGAAGGGGGUUAACCCUAAUGACCUCUCUCACUUUACGCGUAAAAGCGCAACGCAUGAGGAGCGCGUGCCAAAACUUCUCGAAAACUUCACUGUCACGGACACACACAUGUGAGACUUCAUCAACACGCGUGAAUAUGUGUAAGCCGUGCUAAGUGUACACUGAUGCCAGAGAGCCGGGUGCAGGAUGAAGGUGUGUAAUCGUGGAGUGCAGAUGCUCCUCACCACGGCGGGGGCUUUCGCGGCCUUCAGCCUGAUGACCAUCGCGGUGGGCACCGACUACUGGCUGUACUCGCGUGGGGUCUGCAGGACCAAAAGCGUCAAUGACAAUGACACCAACCGAAAGAACGAAGAGGUACUUACGCACUCGGGACUCUGGAGACAGUGCUGCAUGGAAGGCAUAUUUAAAGGGGUUUGUAAGAACAUUGAUCAUUUUCCAGAGGAUGCAGAUUAUGAACAAGAUGCUGCAGAAUAUCUACUGCGUGCUGUGCGCGCCUCUAGUCUUUUCCCUAUACUGAGUGUGGGACUGCUGUUCAUUGGUGGAGUGUGUGUAGCUGCCAGUGAGUUCUACAAGAGCCGACACAAUGUCAUCCUGAGCGCAGGCAUCUUUUUUGUCUCAGCUGGCCUCAGCAACAUCAUUGGCAUUAUCGUGUACAUCUCAUCCAACGCUGGCGACCCUAACCAGAGCGAGUCGAAGCGCAGUCACUGGUACGGCUGGAGCUUCUACUGCGGCGCUCUUUCCUUCGUCAUAGCGGAGACUGUGGGCGUCCUGACCGUGCACCUGUUCAUCGAUACGCACCGUGUGCUGAGAGCGCGUGCGCAUCGAACACUCCAAACCAGCACGCAUUCCCUACAGCAUCGGCGCUCGAGCAGCUACCGUUCCCGUUACCGCUGGAGGCAGGGUCAAAACCGCUCCUCAGACUCCCGAUCGAACGAACCCUCUCCGGCCCCGGCGGCCCGUCCCGGGAACGACCUCAGGCUUUACGCGCUGGGACGCGGACUUCCACCAACAGCUGCUCACGCGCUCGCGCACAACAGCCUCAGCGCCGGGCGUGGUUUUGCACAUUUUCAUAACUCUGUCAUCGCUAAUAACAACUUUGCAAAUCCUCAUGUCCUCACCAUGCAGAACUCGUUGAAAUCAGAAAGAGAGCUUGGGCACAUACAGAACUCGUUGAGCACCGAGAAUGGCUUUGCCUUUGCAAAUGUACAUGGACAGAAUUCAAUCAAACCUGAAAAUGGAGUCGUGCUGUCGCAGAACUACAAACAAAACUUAGUGAAUCUCAGUAAAAGCCCAGUGCAUGCGCAAAAUUCUGGGAAUGACAAUUCACCCUUGCAAAACGCUGUAAAGGAGCCUUCAUAUAUGUCUCAAAGUAGCACUGCAUCAAGAAGAACAACUCCGGUGUAAAAAAAAAUAUAUAUAAAUAAAAAGAACCUAUGCUGCUAUAUUAUGCUAUAUGAAAGGCCAUGAAGUGUUAGCUAAUUCCUUUAUUGAAUAUGUGCAUAUUAUUUGCUUUUAGCUUUAUGUACUAAAUGAAGUGGAUUGACUCUGCAAAAAAACUAAUGGUGCUGUUUAUCGUGCCCAGAAUUUCUCAUUCCAGUGGUCCAGUGAUCAACAACAACAAAAAUCCAGAAAGUGUUAAAACAUUGUUUAGAACAUUCGGUUUUUAGUGGACCAUACUGGAUUGGGAAAGAUAAUAUACAGUUUUUAUACAAAUUAACAGCCAAUACAAUUGAUAGGACAGAUAGCCUGGAGCAACAGGGUUAAGUGGAUUGAUUUUAGACCCAAUGAGGGCAGAACAGGAUGGUGGCUUUAGUUUCUGGGUCAUGCAUGACUAUGACUGAACCUUGAACUUUUGCAUUUGCAUGUUGCAUGCAAUCAGAAAACGCUGUCUUGCUACCUCAAUUAUUUGGCGUGUUCAAGUUUGCUAACACCAUGUUUGUUGUCACAUCUUCAGAAUGGAGAACAGGAGAAUAUGAAAAAAGAUUUGUUCUAUUUUCAGAACAAAUGUUCUAUUUUCUAUUAAUUUCUCAUUUCUUAUUAUUAAUGUUAAAAACAGAUGUGCUGCUUAAUAUUUUAGAGAAAACUGUGAUACAUUUUUUUUCUGGAUUGUUGACAGACAUUCAAAAGAACAAUAUUUAUUCGACUUUAAAAUCUUUUAAUAACAUUAUAAAAGUCUUAACUGUUACUUUUAAUAAAUGUAACGUGUUAUUGCUGAAUAAAAGUAUUAAUUAUCUAAAAAAGUUUCCUUAAAAGCU